AUGAUUAGAGCCUUGAGGUUGGUGAAGCCUGUACAUACAGCUGGGCGUUUUUCGUUCCACACCCGCUCCGUUCUUGCUAAGAAUUUCCACAGGCCAGACAAGGCAGGGUCCAACGAUGCCGCCGAUGCCGCCGAUGCUACAGCUACUGUGUUGGCAGACCAGAACGAUAUCCAGAAGCUCCCCAACAAGGUGACCUGGAUUGAAGCUAUGCGAGAAAGAGCCAAGCAGGAAGCUGCCGGGAAGAUUCUCGACAGUUACAGUUAUGUGGACCCCAAGACCACUCACGUCGGAGAGAAGACCAGAAACGAAUCGUUCUCGUACCUCACGUUGCCCUUCAAGGACGACAAGUGGUUGUGCGAUGCUUAUAUCAAUGCUGCCGGGCGUUUGCGGGCCGGUCAAUUGUUCCAGGACUUGGAUGCCUUAGCCGGAAGAAUCGCCUACAGACACUGUUCUCCAGCUGAACCUGUCAACGUGACAGCUUCCGUUGACAGAAUCUACAUGGUGAAGAAGGUGGACGAAAUCAGCAAUUACAACUUUGUCAUGGCUGGUAGUGUCACCUGGACCGGUAGAUCAUCGAUGGAAAUCACCGUGAAAGGUUAUGCUUUCGACGAUAAGGUGCCCAGUGAGAUUACCGAGUCCGCUCUCCCAGACGAAAACAUUUUCUUGACUGCUAACUUUACAUUCGUUGCCAGAAACCCAGAGACCCACAAGUCCUUCGCCAUCAACAGAUUGUUGCCUGUCUCGGAAGAAGAAUGGUUGGACUAUAGAAGAGCAGAAUCUCAUAAUGCCAAAAAGAAGUUAGCUGCUAAGAAUAAGUCCAGUGCAGCUCCUACACCUGAGGAAUCUGGGUUGAUCUAUGAAAUGUGGAAGGAACUGAAGAACAUUCUUGCUAAUUUAGAUAAGAAACCAAAGAAUGUCGUCUUUAUGAACGAUUCGGAAGUCAAAUCUACUUUGUUCAUGCAGCCUCAGUACAGAAACAGACAUAGUUAUAUGAUCUUUGGUGGAUACUUGUUGAGACAAUCAUUCGAAUUAGCCUACUGUGCCUCUGCAGCCUUUGCAUCUUCCUCUCCAAGAUUCGUUUCCUUGGACUCUACAACCUUCAAGCAGCCAGUACCAGUUGGGUCCGUGUUAUCCUUGUCUGCCAAGAUUGUUUACACUGAACACAUUAAGGCCAGCCCUUCUACGGGAGAUGCUGAUGCAUUUGACUUCUCAUUGCCUGCAACUAAUAAGCUUUCUUCGAAUAAAAAUGCAUUUUUAUCUGAACCUGGUACCUUAAUUCAAGUCAGUGUCGAUACAACGAUCAAGGCAUUAGAUAGUGAGGUUGCCAAGGAGUCCGGAACUUUCAUUUACUCCUUCUUCGUACCACAGGCUUCUCUCAAGGAAGGCGAUGCUGGCUUCUGCUCAGUCAUCCCUAGAACUUAUGCAGAGAUGAUGGAGUAUGUUGAAGGUAGAAGAAGAGCUCAAGAUACUGCUAACUUCGUGGACACCCUACCAAAGUAA